CUUGUCUCAGUGACGGCGAGGACUGAGAAUUUCGGAUGUGAAUCAUAUUCGUAGAUAUUGUUACCAGUUUGAUCAUAUAUUGCUAACUUCUGCAAAUUAUAGGCAGCAGGGAUCAAAUCUCUCAACUGAAGCUGUGAUCAUAAGUGUUUUCAUUUCAGCAAUUCAUUAAGGCUAUGAACCAAAUUUGCAAAGCGACUCUGAAAUGGACAAAAAUGUCAAACGACCAUUAAGACCAUAAACUAUGUAACAACAUUUAUUUGUUACAUUUGCUUCACAUGAUCAGGGCGGUAAAGGAACACGUUGUUUACUUGACAUCUACCUGGAUGGUUUAGCCGGGUCGAGUUCUCGGCCUUAAUUACAUCAGUUCGCGAGCGUCUAGCACCUGGGUGUCGCCAACUAACGCGGACAUGCCACUUAUAAGGGUAAAUCUACAUCUUGCCAUGCAGCUAAACAUAGAACUGUUUUUCAUUUCAACACACACCUGUCUGAAUGUCAAUGUUGCCACGUGCCGUCUGAGCCAGGUGUAGAGUGUUUUUGGUUUCAACGCGGGUUGAUGGUUCGCAGCGCCACUUAGUGGUGUCAUCACCAUCAACCACCCCAGAACGAGGCUGACACUAACCAAUAGGCAUGUCGACAUGGGGUGAUUGAUGUGAUUGCUGUAGUGCAGUACAGUAUACUCUCUGUGGAUGACAGGUUUCAAACUGAUUUUGCAACCAAACUAUGUUUUGGACGCUGCCGAGAGUCUCGGCGUUGAGAGUGGUGACAAUGAAACGAUUCCAACGUUGCAAGGCUGUGUCUUUCUUGGCUAUCUUCAUCUGCGGCAUCAUCGCCAUCAACAUGUACACUGACAGUGUCGGGUACCAGUUUGCCAGACCAAGCUGGCUAUUGGCCGGAAACACGACCGCAUGGCAGCAUGUCGUUCCAAAUACAAACGUACGGCAUGUCGUAUUUCUUAAAGUACACAAGGCAGCAAGCACGACUUUGAUGAAUAUUUUUGUCAGAUAUGGAUUAAAAAUGAAUCUGACGAUGAUGAUUCCAUCACGGAAGAAUAUUCUGAACGAACAUGGUCACUUUAAUGGUAGAAAUGUCCUACCUCCUAUGCGAAACAGAACUUACGACAUGAUGUUUAAUCACGUCAUAUUUAACAAGACAUUCCUGAAACCACUCUUUCCUCCCGACACUAAAUAUAUCGCCAUAUUGCGAGAACCCUUUGACCAAACUGUGUCGGCAUUCAUGUACUAUAAAUAUGUGUACCCAAUGCCCUAUCUAUGGACAAUCAAUGGCGAGAAUCCAGUUACAGAAUACUUAAAGGACCCCCGGAAGUACGAACCCCCAAAUGCAUCAACAUCUUUCACAAAUAACCGGAUGUCGGUCGAUCUCGGUUUCCCCAAUGUAUGGUCUCGCAAUCUCUCACAGGCGCGGGAUUUCAUCAGAGACUUAGAAAACACAUUCCACUUGAUACUUAUUGCUGAGUAUUUUGAUGAAUCCAUUGUCCUCAUGAAACGAUUACUGAAAUGGGAAUUUCAGGAUAUCUUGUACAUAUCAAGUAAUUCUUUGAAGAAAGGACAUGAUCUCAAAUUCACACCCAAAGAUCGUGAAAGACAUAGGCGGUGGGCGUGGCUUGAUCACAUGCUAUAUGAUCACUUUUACCAGCUUUUCUGGGACAAAAUUCACGCUGAAGGCAAAAGCUUCUUCAGAGAGGUUCAGACGUAUAAGGAGAUUCGCCAUAUGUGGCAGACAUUUUGUUCACAGAACCUAAACCACACGGACACCUUGAAACUUGAGGCCACGCAGUGGAGUUCAGCCUUUGAGGUCUCGUCACGUGACUGUAACCUUGCAACGACCGAUGAAAUUCCUCUUAUGGAAAAAGUGAGAUUAAAUUACUACAGGAAGUCGAAAGAACGGGUCAUGUCUUUACCAGAUAGGUUGUUUGGUGUCAGCCGUGUAAGUAAAAGUAAAUACCACAAAACACCGAGAUCUCACCAUUUAAUAGAGACAAAAAGCGGUCGUUGGAUUAAAGUGAGCAGUUCCUCCAUGAACAAGGCCUCAGUCAAACAGAACAGUCAUCAAGACAAAAGGGCGACAACGUGAUGUAAUUUAAUGGAAAUAAACAUAUUCUUUUAA